CUAGUCUGUGUAGGCCUACCAAGUAAGGUAAGUCCGAUAACGCGCAACUGCAGCAUAUAUACAUUUAUUCGACAGAUGUAUUUCUUAGGUUAAAACCCCUAAAUGUAACGAGGACAUUUUAAACUAGGCCACAUUGUUACUUACUUCCUCCUCCGCCCCCUUCAACGCAUGAAAAAACGAAACUGAACAUCUCUGAAAUUCUAUCAUCUCUGAGAGGAGAGCGUUGAGCAACUGAGAAGAAAGACGCUUCGACUGACUUGAGAUUUGAAGAAAUGGCAUUUUAUAACCAAGAACCUUUUCAUAAUCCGAGACUCCCUUUCACCGGCACUAUCCAAGGUGGGCUGCAGGAGGGGAAGACUAUCACUAUUACUGGGAAACUUCACCAUGGGGCAGACAGGUUCCAUGUGAAUUUGCAGUGUGGUUCUAGGGCAGGGGCGGACAUUGCCCUUCACUUCAACCCACGAUAUGACAGUCACCCUGGAUAUGUGGUGGCCAACACCUUGCAGCAGUCCAGAUGGGGGACAGAGGAGCGGAAGCAGAAUUCCCCCUUUCAGCAUGGCUCUGGCUUCAACCUCGUGAUCACCGUCCAGAGGGACGGCUUCCAGUUGAAUGCGAAUGGGAAACAUUUCAUGACCUUUAAGCACCGUAUUCCGUUUGACGCAGUGGACACCAUCUCAGUCGAGGGAAAAGUGGAGGUGACCUCCAUCGCCUUCCAGAACCCUGCACCCACCUUUCCUGCACUGCCAGGAUUCCCUUCUUAUCCGGGAUUUCCGGCGCAACCGGGAUUUCCGGCGCAACCGGGAUUUCCAGCGGCGCAACCGGGAUUUCCGGGAUUCCCUGCGCAACCGGGAUUCCCUGCGCAACCGGGAUUUCCGGGAUUCCCCGCGCAACCGGGAUUUCCGGGAUUCCCCGCGCAACCGGCGCAACCGGGAUUCCCCGCGCAACCGGGAUUCCCCGCGCAACCGGGAUUCCCCGCGCAACCGGGAUUCCCCGCGCAACCGGGAUUCCCCGCGCAACCGGGAUGUCCAGAUGUUCCAUACAAGAACACGAUCAAUGGUGGACUCUACCCUGGACGCACCAUCAACAUCCAGGGAGUGGUUAACCCCAAUGCAAAUAGGUUUAAUGUUAACCUACUCUGCAACUCUGAGAUUGUGCUGCACUACAACCCCCGAUUUGACGAGACCCUAGUGGUACGCAACAGCAGGCUGAGGGACCAAUGGGGAAAGGAGGAGCGCUCUGGUGGAAUGCCCUUCCACAGGGGCCAGGCCUUCACGCUGUCUAUUACCUGUGAGGCUCAGUGCUACAAGAUAGUGGUCAACGGGAAUCAGACGAGCACCUACAAACACCGCCACACCCUCCUCCAGCAGGUCAACAUUCUGGAGGUGGAUGGAGACCUCAGUUUGACCUCCGUGAUGGUUUAGGGCUGUUUAAUUUUGUGGCACCUCUGACCCAAACCACCACAUAUCUUUUUGAUCUGUUCUUGCCGCAAUAAAAAUUACAUUCACUUUG